AUAGAUGACCUUGUUGAAAAGACGAGUCACAGGGGGAGUAGUUUUGUCCCCCAAAAACCCUUAUUUUAUUUUAUUUUUGGCGCCAAUUUUUUUAUUUUUGCGUUUUCUUUGGCGCCAAUUUUUUAUUUUCGCCUUUUUCAAUCAACCACCACCUCUCUUCUCUUAGAUCAGUUCUUCGAUCAUUUCCAACAGUUCUUCGCUCAUUCGGUUCUCGAUUAGGUCUUGGCAAAACUUAUCGAAUCAAAUUCAACACGUAUGAAUAUAUAAGCCAUCUCCUUCCAUUCUCAGCGGGACUCUGGCGAUGAGGGAUGUUGGUAUUGAUACUUCAGGUACUAUGACAGUUACAGCGGAGACGGCAGUGGUGGUCGGCUCUCCACCUUUCAGAAGACACAAACCAUUCAAAUCUUCGUCACCCCCUUUCUCCGUCUCCACAAAUUCCCCCUUUGAUAACCUAACCCACGAACUGUUCGUAGAAAUUCUCCAAAGACUCCCUCUCAAACUCAUCCAUCUCUGCAAGUGUGUUUCCAAACGCUGGCAUGAUUUGAUCUCCACUCCUUAUUUUGCUCAAUGUUAUGUCCAGAAUUUCUCAUCUUUGGUGCCUCACUUUGCCCUCUUCUACCAGCAUCGAGAUCGUGCAGUCAAAUUGAUAUCCGAAUCACCCAUUUUUGAAUCUCGUGGAUUUUCUCUAAACUUCCUUCCCUCUUCAAAUCCAUCAUCAUCAUCAGAGCAACAUGAACCAGAGCCAAUUUGUUAUUUAGCAUCGAGUAAUGGCUUAGUACUAUGCUCUGCAACCUCGACUUUUCAGAGGGUUUACUAUGUCUGCAACCCCCUCACAAUGCAUUGGGUUGAACUUCCUCCACCACCCACUUGCCAAGAAAGAGUCAUCAUUGGAUUUGUUUGCAAGUCAUGUUGUUCUUUUGAUGAUACCACCUGCACAACUAGCUUCAGAGUGGUUCGAAUCCACCAAUUCGAAAAACCACAAUACCCAAACCCACCACCACGUUCAGCCAAUCUCAAAUUGGAUAUAUUCUCUUCAGACACAUGGAAAUGGACAGAAAGCAUGAUAUCAACUCGGGGACGUAGCUUUAUUAUGUCUUAUGACUGUUCUAACGCUGUAGUUUGCAACGAAAAACUCCACUGGAUGUUUCUUUAUAGGGGCAAGAUUUUUGCCUAUGAUCCAUUCAACAACACUGAUCAAUUUCGUAUUAUAAGGCAGCCCAAGGACAGAUGUCCCGCAGCCAAUGAACGUCUCUUAGGGGAGUGCCAAGGACACCUCAGGUUCAUUCACUUUUAUUGUUCCAUUAUCAACGUUUGGGAACUUAAGGACUACAAUGUGCUUGAAUGGUCCUUGGUGCACAAUGUUAAUCUGGACAAGAUAAAAUCGGACCUUUCUACCUUUUGUGUGUCAAUCCUACCUCUUCAUCCCACUGAUGGAGAAAUUAUAUAUCUAUACAGUGAGUUUAGUACUGGUAUUAUACUCUGCAACAUGAGGAGCAGAACUUUGAAAAGAGUAUGUUUGUUUGACUCUUUUCGUUCCCUUUGGCAUGCGAUGGCAUUUCCCUUUGUGCUCCCAUGGUGGCCUACAUCAGUUCCUCAAUUCCAACGAAAGGCUGUCGGAACCAAUGGACAAGGCAUCCAACUGUCAGAACCUAGAACUAAUAUCCAGGCCCAAGAGGAUUCUGUUAAUCCUCAACUGGAGGCUGCUGCUGAGGAACCUAGUCAACCCCAACUUGUAGAUGAGCAAGUGAUCCAUGAGGGAGAUAUUACAAGUAACAAACUCCAAAUUGACGAAGAUAAUUUCACUAACAAAUCUCCUCUGGGGUCACAAGAAGUAGUUUCUAAAGAAACAUGUCAAGGUCAAGACAAGGGAACGAGUACUCAAGCUCAAGGCAAGUUGAGCCAGACCACCUCCGCACUCAUUUCAUCCACGGCGACUCAAAGCCAAUCAGUUAUGUGGCGAGGAAUAUCCUUGACUCAAGAACUUGCAGCCAUUCUUGAGGAAGUCACCCUUUUGCAUCCUGAGACCUUUCAGUGUCUGGAGAAGAAGUUUCUGUUCUUCAAGCAAUUUGUUUUUGAGUCUCUGGGUAAAAUAAUUGUUAUUCUACGUCAGUUCCGUUGCAGAGCUGUUUCAGCGUCUGAAAUUCAGUUUAUUAAAUCUACCAUGAAUGACUUGAAGGAAGCAAAUAUUGAGAUCGAAUGGCUUGAAGGCCAGUUAAAUUUGGCCGAGAUGAAGAUGGCAAAGGAACAACUUGCUGCUGGAAUGGAGAGGAUUCGGAAGGAUAUAGCUGAGGUUGAGGAGGUGGCUACACGUCUGAAAGGGGAAUAUGCGACCAUGAAGGAGAAUUUUGAUGCUACAAGGGACGUUGAUGCAAAUCUACUUGGUUCUGGGUAAGUUUAAUUUAUUGUUUAGUUGUUUUGUGAUGUCAAGGUAAUGACUUUGUUCGAUCAGACGAAAGAAUUCGAUGUCCCAUAUGCUGCUAAUAUUUUCUUGAAAACAUGCUCUUAUGUUGCUUGCAA